AUGGCAGCACCAGCAACCAACGUAUCGUCACUCUUACGGCGGUGUUUUUCAACCACAGUCAGGACAUGUCACUCUUCUGCAGCUGCGAGCUCUCGACCAGCUCUUUCGACGCGGACAGGCGCUGCGAUUCACAGGCCCUCGCUAGCACACGGACUAGCACCGCAGCGAGGGCUCCAAGACUUUUUUGAUAACGAGAAAGGAUGGACAUGGAACGAGAAGGACUACCCGACAGGACGAGCGUGGAAAGCAGCUGAUCUACGGAUAAAGAGUUUCGAAGACCUCCACAAGCUGUGGUGGGUGUGCAUCAAGGAGCAAAACAAACUGUACUCACAGCAAGUAGAGGCCAGGCGUUUUGACCUGAUGUUCCCGUACUCUGACCGCUUCAAGCAGGUGAAGAGCACAAUGAAAGCGAUCAAGGUGGUCCUGUGGGAACGACGCAUCGCAUGGAUGCAAGCACAAUAUAUAACAGCACGCAGCGCAAAGCUCGCAUUCCUUCGCAACCUAAAGACCUACACGGAGGAGGAAAUUCAGGAACAGCUUGAGGCGGAGUUCCCUGCAUCUCCUGAACAAAUCGGGCGUAAGCGUGGGAAGAUCCUGGAUGAGGAGAGGAAACAAAGGAGUGGCGGGACGACGAAGGGAAGAGUGAAGGGGAAGAAGAGGAUGUCAUCGUGGACGAUUGUAUGA